AUGCUUGCCCAAACCCUCCUUCUCGCUGCCUUCGCGGCACUGGGCUCUGCUUCACCCAUCCAUGUCGCGCGUGCUGAUUCUCCCUAUGUCUACACCAACUCCUUUGGGCUGAAUUUCACCCAGAUGAACGCCAGCCUUCCCAAUGUAACUAUCUUCGCGACGGGUGGUACUAUUGCCGGGUCAGGAAGCAGCAACACAGCUACAACCGGCUACUCCAUUGGCUCGGUCGGGGUCCUUAGCCUCGUCGACGCCGUGCCGGAGGUCUUGAACAUUUCCAACAUCGCUGGUGUACAGAUUUCAAACGUCGGCAGCGAGGAUGUCACAUCUGAAAUCCUGCUCAACCUUUCCAAGUACAUCAACAAGGUCGUUUGCGGAGACUCUACUAUGGCUGGCGCGGUUGUCACCCACGGGACAGACACUCUUGAGGAAUCUGCGUUCUUCCUGGACGCAACUGUCAACUGCGGCAAGCCGGUUGUCAUUGUGGGCGCCAUGCGGCCUUCGACAGCCAUCUCCGCAGAUGGGCCGUACAACCUGCUCGAAGCAGUGACUGUCGCCGCAAGCAACAAGUCGACAAACCGAGGUGCCCUGGUUGUGUUGAACGAUCGGAUUGCCUCGGCGUAUUAUGUUACUAAGAACAACGCGAACACACUCGAAACCUUUAAGCCGAUUGAGGAGGGGUUUCUGGGAACCCUCGUCUCAGACGUGCCAUACUAUUAUUAUCCACCUGUCACCCCAACGGGGAAGACAGCCAUUGAUGUCUCGAACAUUACCUCGAUUCCGCGCGUUGACAUUCUCUAUGCAUACGAAGAUAUGAGCAAUGAUACCCUCUAUAACGCAAUUGAUAGUGGGGCGAAAGGCAUUGUGAUUGCAGGGGCUGGUGCAGGAGGUACCUCGACAUCUUUUAACUAUGCCAUCGAAGAUGUUCUGAAUCGUCUGAAAGUCCCGGUUGUGCAAAGCACACGGGCCAACAGCGGUGAAGUACCACUGAGUGACAUAGGCAGCACAACGGCUAGCCAUAUUGCAAGUGGGUUCUUGGAUCCUCAGAAGUCCCGAAUCUUGCUUGGUUUGCUGCUUGCACAGGGGAAGAACCUUACGGAGAUUAGUGCGGUAUUCCACGGGUCUACCGAUGACUAG